UUAUAGAGUUUCCCCGACUUUUUUUUUUAGUUAGUAUUUAUUCUGGGUUCCUUGGGUCUCCCUCAAUCCCCUCCCCCAGACGGAACUCCAAUCAUUUAGCUCCUCUUUGCUGUGUAACUCCAUUUACAUUUUAUCGUUAUAUCUUUAGGAAAGCUUUGUUUUUUUUAAGUUUAGCAAUUUUUUCUUAUAGAUCUCGACGAGCCGAGCAACUUUGGUCCUCUCGGCCAACCUCGUAUCUCUUACCGUUUGGCCGGCGCAAUUUUUUGAAAUUUGGAAAUUUUGAAUUUUGGUUUUUUUUAAAUUCUGGUAUUUAUUCCUUAUAGAACUCGACGAGAGGAGCAACUUUGAUCCUUUGGGCCAACCCCGUAUCUUUUACCGUUUGGCCUGUGUAACUCGAUUUACGUAUUUCCUUAUUUUUCUUUAUUUAGUUGGAUACCCUUACAUUUUUGAAAGUUUAGUAAAUUCUCCUUAUAGAUCUCGACGAGCCGAGCAACUUUGGUCCUCUUGGCCAACCUCGUAUCUCUUACCGUUUGGCCGGAUUAAUUCGUUAAAGUUUUGAAAAAUUUUGAAAUUUAAUAAUUUUAACUUUUUGCAUUUUUUCCUUAUAGAACUCGACAAGGCGAGCAACUUUGGUCCUCUUGAAAAAUCUCGUAUCUCUUACCGUUUGGCCGUUCUAAUUCGUUGAAGUUUUGAAAAAUUUUUUAGUUUUACAAGUCAAUUUUAUCGGAAAAAUAGCACUUUUGUCAAUUAUACCAAUCGAUACAGAAGGUCAAGAAACGCGUUUUGGCACCAUAAAUUUUAGAUCGAUUUUUGGAAUUUUUGGAAUUUUUUUGAAAUUUUUUUAAGUCCCUAGUCUUAUGAGUGGUUGAAAAAAUCGGUCAAGUUACGACUAUACCAAUCGAUUCAGAACGUCGAAAAACGCGUUUUGGCACUACAAAUUUUGGACCGAUUUUUGGAAUUUUUGGAAUUUUUUUGAAAUUUUUCUAAGUCCCUAGUCUUACAUUUGGUUGGAAAAACCGGUCAAGUUACGACUGUACCAAUCGAUUCAGAAGGUCGAGAAACGCGUUUUGGCACGACAAAUUUUGGACCGAUUUUUGGAAUUUUUUUUGAAAUUUUUGAGACCUAACCUUUCGAGACGAAACUUUAAUAUUCCAGACCUAACCUUUUUCCAGACCUAACCUUUUUGAGAUUUAACCUUUUUUAAUAUUCCGCUGUUUUUCAAGAUUUAACCUUUUCCAGACCUAACUCUUUUUUUUUGAGACCUAACCUUUUUUUUUAGAUUCGACUUUGACCUUUGGAGACCUAACUCCCCCUCUUUGAAGUUAGGUCUCGACUUUGGGUAUUUUCAAUGAGGUGGUUGCGGUUUGAUUGGCAGUCCUAACCGAGUUGGGUUUGGGUUGGGUUAGGUUAGGUUAGGUUAGGUUAGGUUAGGUUAGGUUAGGUUAGGUUAGGUUAGGUUAGGUUAGGUUAGGUUAGGUUAGGUUAGGUUAGGUUAGGUUAGGUUAGGUUAGGUUAGGUUAGGUUAGGUUCCCUCUCGCGGUGCGCCACCUUGUCGUGGUGAGAGGGCUCCCCUGAUGGUCCUUGUGGCCCCGAUCCCGGGUGGACUUGUCCGCUUGGGAGACGGGCCGCGGGCCGUCGGGGGUCUAAGAGCGCACCGUACGGCUUCGGCUGUACGUGUACGGGAGGGAGAGAAGGAAAACUCUGUAAAACCCGGUGAAGGACACACUGUCAACAAACCAAAUUUAUGGAAGAUGCCCAAAAAGAAGAAGGAUGUUACCGGCCCAGGGGUACUCGGAGCCCCAGGGCCCGGCGCGCAGGGGGGUAUAGUCCCGGCCCCCCCCGCGUCGUCAUCGAGCGGCGGGCAUCUUGCGUUAGUGGGGGUGUCCGGAGCCUCGUGGAAGAGGCUCUGGUCCGGCGACGGGGAUAACGUCGUCGAGGGGGUGGUGCGUGCGGCCCUGGUGCGGGACGCGCGCUCUCGCGAUUGGGACGGCCUCGUCCAGGCGUGGGACGAGGUCUUCCUCAGGUGGCGGGCAGAUGGGGGGAGCGAUGCGGUCAUGGUGGACCUCAUCGCUCGCCUAGUCUGGGACCGAGAGGGGAGGGCCGAGCACUUCAAGGAGAAGCGUGAGGCCCUCCUUGAAAGGUGUCGGGAUCUCGAGGAGGAGAUCAGGGGCCUGCGCGAGUCCCAUGAGAGGGAGGUCCGGGACCUGCGCGAGGCUCUUAAUGGUGAGGUUGCUCGGGGUCUGCGGGAGGCUGUCGGGCAAGGGCUCCGGUCCCGGUUGGAGGGUCUUCUGACCCGGAGCCCCGAGAGAGUGAGCCGGGGCACCGGCUCCGGGCAUGUGGACGUCGUUAACCGGCGAGUUGGGCCGGGGCGUCCCAUGCCCGGAAAGAGGGUCUCCAGGGGGACUGAUCCCGUAGUGUGGGAUCCGCCCCCUGGGGUUAAGGUAGUGGACCGCUGCGUCGGCACGGACCCGGUCGGGUGCGUGGACCGUUCGGUCGGCCCCGACUGUCCGGGCGGCCGGCGCGCGGUCGACGAGAGGGAUCCCGCUUUAGGGACGUCGGGGGGCGGGGGGGACACUGGCCAAAACGCACGGCCUUGUUCCCCCCAACCUCCGAGCGAGAGGGGUGGCCCCGGGUCGGGCGCCGGGAGGGCAGUCAUGUGCUUCCGGUGCCUGGUCCGGGGCCACAUUGGGCGUGACUGUCGGGGCCCGUAUCGUGGCAAUUUAUGCUAUCGGUGCGGGGCUCCGGGUCACGUGGCGAGGGGGUGCAGUGGGGCACUUAGGUGCCCAGUCUGCGCCGGUUCCGGGGGGGUCGCCGACCACAAGUUGGGGUCGGCGAGCUGCCCCGCCCGGCGGUCGGGAGGACGGCCGUGUAAGGGCGGUGGCGGCGAGGCGGAAAUUCCGAGAGAGGAAGAGGGCCGUCGGGGGUGGGGGGUUUGCCCCCCUCCCCCCCCGGCGGCCCGGCGAGCGGGCGGGGCUGGCUCGCGCGGGGCGUGGGUGGGGGGGACUUGUCCCCCUCCCCUGUACGGGAGGGCCCGGAAGCGGGCGGACAGGGCGGGACAUGGGGCUUCCGCGGGGCUGGAUGAGGGCCCCGCGGGACCCGCGUUGUUGGAGGUGCUCGCCGGGAUCGCGAGCAGUGUCGCGAUCCUGGCGAGACGAGUGUGGGGGGGCGAGGGAUGCGGCGUCACUCGUGGGCGUGGCUCCCUCGCUCUUUCCCGGCGGGUGCGCGGGAGCGGGGUCAAGUGGCCCCCUCCGCGCCCGUAGGCCGGUGUUGGUGGUGGCGCGCCGGUUCCGGGUCCCUUUCUGGGACCCCCGGGACCGGCGCGCUGGAUGGGGGGAUGGCCCGGGGGGGGCUAUCGGGACGGGCCGCUCGCGGCCCUCUCUCGUUCUCCCCCUCCUGAGCGGAUGGUGGGGCGGGGCCCUCGCGGUGUGAGCGAGAGUCCGCGCUCGGAGGGACGGUGGAGGGGGGGGCGGAGCGACUGGCGCCUGGGCUUACGCGCCUCCUUGUGAGGGGCGGGCCCCGUGCCUUGCUCUUUGGCCCCCCUCCUCAUCGAAGACGCGCCGCUUCCGGUGGCGGGGGCGGUGGCGUCACGGGAUGGAACGGGCGGGGCGGUGCCGCGUCGUACUUAACGACGGCGGCGCCGCCUCGCCCGCCCCCCGGCCCGCGUCGUUUACGGACGCCGGUUGGGGUGUGAGUGGGCGGGUUUGCGGGCGAGCGCGUAGUAGUGCCGCCCGCUUACCCGCCUCCCUCCGCCCGGUCCUGGGGAGUUUGGGACCGGGCGAGAGGCAUGAUGCUGCGCGCCCCCCCCUCUGAUUCUCUCCCCCACGUCGGGGAGCGGAGGGAGGGGUGCGCAGUCGGGGGAGGCGGCCUUCGCGACAGGUUCGGGGCGGGGACCGGGAUCCCCGCUCGGCCGACCGACCCCGACGGGAGGGAAACCCGGGGGGUGGAUGGCCCCCUUCGGGUUGA